AAGGACCUUGGAUGUGACAUGCAUUGGACACGGAGAUUAGAAUGGAUUUAAGGAAGCAGAAGAUCGCCACGGGCCAGUAAACGAGUUCUGGAGAGGCCGGAACUCAACAAUUGUCAGGUUUCUCCCGAAGAUCGAUGGACUUGGCCCAGCCUUGGAAGGAGAAGUUGACACGAGGGUGAAGUGUUGAAGGAGAGGAGGAGAGGCGCUGUGUCGCACCCAUGUCACUGGCCAUGAAAGCCCGGCAGAAAGUGAAGCGGAAAGGACCGGCGAAAGAUCGGGUCUUUGGCUGCGAUCUGGUGGAACAUCUGCAAUCAUCUGGCCGUGACAGAAGCAGUGGCCAUCCAGCUGGAAGAAAGCCGCCUGGAGAAGAUCAAGGAAGUGCUGAAGGAGCUACCAUCACCUCACCACCGAACCCUGGAAUUCCUCAUGAAGCACCUGGUCCACAUGGCUUCGUUCAGUUCCCAGACCAACAUGCACGCCCGGAAUCUCGCCAUUGUCUGGGCCCCCAACCUGCUCAGGUGGCACCCGUGAGGCCAUCAGGAGAUCCCUGCUAGCUCUGUCACCAGGGGUCCUACCUGAGUACUGCACGCCCUACAAUGUGCCCUCGAUGCUGAACCAGGGGGAUGGGCCUCCCCAGAUGAGACCCUACCACACCAUCAUCGAUCUCGACGAAAGCAAAAGAAAAGGAUCCGUCAAGGCCAAGAAAUGGAGGUCCUUCUUCAACCUAGGACGAUCCAGCCAUGACUCCAAACGCAAGUUGAAUAAGGCGGAAGACAAAG